AUGGAAAGGGGUUACUUUUUUUUUUGUUAUGCAAUUUGUUGUUUUCUUUUGGAUUAUGUUUAUUUUUGGCACUUUAUUCCGAACUUUCUUGGGCCUGGCCGGAGGGAAAACUCGCGUUUAAGGAUUCGAAACCUUGGUGGCGCCGGCCGCCCCGUCGCGGCACCAAGGCCAAGCGGCCCGCACGGAAAGGGAAAGCCAGGCGCCAGCAACGUUCGCCACCUGGAGAACUUUGCCGUGCCAGGCUUACGGCAUCACGAAGUACUGGGGCCAGCCGCGCCUCGCUGGGACACAGUGUUAUCCUUGUCGUUCUUGGGGCGCGUGUUGCCGCGCCAUCAGCAGUAUCAUCCGCACCAAGUUACUGCUUAG